CGGAGAGGGAGGGAGAACAAGCUCUACGUCAAACGUUAGCAAAGUUCGUUUUAAAAUAUUAUAAAGCUUAAUUUAUUAAUUCCUCGUCUCGCUACGGAUAUUUUAAUCAUUUCACCCACUGGAUUGUACACACAACUUCAAGGUCAAUGACAAUGCCUACUGUAAAGUACCAGAAAGGAGACACGGUGAUGGGGCGCUGGCCUGGCAGCAGUCUGUACUAUGAAGUCAAGGUGCUGGGCUUUGAUGUCCAAAGUCAACGCUACACUGUCAUCUACAAGGAUGGUACAGAGCUGGAACUGAGGGAGCAAGACAUCAAGCGUGCGGCUGGUUUCCAAACCCGCUCCCGCUCCCGCUCUCGUUCCCAGUCUCCAGGCCGUCGUCGUAGCCGGUCGCGCUCACCUGCAAGGACCACUCGCCGCUCAUCUUCUCGUACGGCGGCAGCCGUCGCUGCUGCUGCUAUAACAGACAGUGCACCGUCCUCUCGCAGGGAUAUAAAGCUGAAGGAUACAUUGGAAGUCAGACUCAGUCCCCUGCAACAGACAAAGGCUGCUGAGAACAAUAGCAACAAUAAGCAUGAAAAGAAAGAGGAGAAACAAAAAGAGGAGAAUAACACUGCUAGCAAAGUAAAUGAGAAGAUCGAGGCUAAGGCAGACGCAGAGCCUGAGAAGAACCAAGGCCGCUACAAUCUACGCCGCAGGAAGGAUGAUGGAGAGGGCAAACCAGAAGUGCAGCAGGAGAAGGAAGUUAAAGUGGCUGCACCUGCUCCUGCUGCCACCCCCUCCACCCCGCUCGACUUUGGAGGGAAGAUAGGAGCGUACUUCUGGCUGCUCUUCCUGCCAGCCUGGGUUCUUUUCGUGGUACUUCAAGGUGACCUGGAGGACCCCAGCCUCACCAACUUCCCCCCUCCUCUGCCUCCACUCGAAGCCUUCUGGGAUCCCCAGGCUCUUGGCUUCGUCGUCCUCUGGAUCUUAUUCCAAGUCCUGCUCUACAUCUUGCCUGUUGGAAAGCUGAGUGAGGGAAUGCCACUGAGGUCUGGGGAGAGGCUCAAGUACAGAACUAAUGGUUUCUUUGCCAUUACAGUGAGUGCUGUAGCAGUGGUUGCAGCAGUGCACCAGGGUGUUGACCUCACCUACAUCCACAGCCGCUUCUUGCAGCUGGCCACGGCCACCUUCCUCAUCUCCGUCCUGCUUAGCAUCUACCUGUACAUCCGCUCUCGCUACGCUGCCCCGGAGCAGCGGGCACUGGGGGGAAACUCUGGCAAUGUGGUCUAUGACUUUUUCAAAGGACGUGAGCUCAAUCCCCGCAUUAAGAGCUUUGACCUGAAAUUCUUCUGUGAGAUGCGUCCUGGACUGAUUGGCUGGUGCUUGAUCAACUUUGCCAUGGCGCUGGCGGAGAUGAAGCAGCAGGAGCUGGAUGCUCCAUCAUACUCCAUGAUCCUCGUGAACCUGUUUCAGCUUCUCUAUGUGGUGGACGGCCUGUGGAAUGAGGAGGCCAUCCUGACCACCAUGGACUUGAUGCAUGAUGGUUUUGGAUUCAUGUUGGCUUUUGGUGAUCUGGUGUGGGUUCCUUUUACGUACACCCUGCAGGCUUAUUACCUGGUCAGCCACCCCAACCCCCUGAGCCUCCCAGCAGUCGCAGCCAUCCUCCUACUCAAACUCGUUGGCUUCUACAUCUUCAGGAAAUCCAACUCUGAGAAGAACGCCUUCAGGAGAAACCCAUCAGACCCCAAACUUUCCCAUUUGAAAACGAUCCCCACAGCGACAGGGAAAAGUCUGCUGGUCUCUGGCUGGUGGGGCGUGGUCCGCCACCCCAACUACCUGGGAGACCUCAUCAUGGCUCUGGCCUGGUCACUGCCCUGUGGCUUCAGCCACCUCCUGCCGUGGUACUACAUGAUCUACUUCGUGAUCCUUCUCGUGCACCGAGACUCACGUGACAUGAGCGAUUGCAGGAGGAAGUACGGCUCGGCGUGGGACGAGUACUGCCGAACUGUUCGGUACCGGAUCAUUCCCCGCGUCUACUGAGGGACCCAACGCUGGACACUCCGGAGCUGAGGCCUUUUUUUUGACCUGAUAUUACAUCCAUGUGAAGGCUCACAGAAAAUAUGAAUGGAUUGACUGACUGAUUAGACUUUCUUUCUCAAAGCAAGAAUUUAAAAAAAAAAAAAACAAAAGACUGUUUUGAUUCUGAACUGAAGGAGCUUCAAUACGUUGAAUUUUAUGAUGAAUGAAAAAGACUCACUGAUAUUGUGAACUGUUUGGGGAACUGCCUUUUUUAAUAGAAAAUAUUUUAAAAGUUUACAAAAUGGGAGAAAAAAAUAAACAAAAAAAACGCCUCUGCUAGGAAUGUCUUGUUAGGAUGUAUAUUUUUGUAUAUACCCAUUUGUUUUUAUACUUCCAGAGUAACACACCACAUGCAUACCUUUUUGGUACAUUUUGCCCUUUGCAACCAUAUUCAAAAUCUUACAAUACAAGCUUGGCUAUUACGAAUAAUUUUGUAAGUACGCCUUCCUAUUAUAAUUAUACUGCUCGUGUAUAUUGUGAAGGAUGGGAUUUAAAAAAGCUCCCCUUUUUUGAUAAGCUGUACAGUGAAGCUAAGACUCAUGUUACUUCUCAGGACCCGGGACUUUGCCAGAAAGUUGAAUUAGGAAAGUUUUGUCUUAAUAAUUUUGUUGUGUAUAAUUUUAUAUAGAUAUUUAGUUUUGACUUGAGAGUGUAAAAUGAUUUUAGAGGUUUCAUGAAAAAUGCACUAAUGCGUUAUGGCAUUUUUAUUUUAUUUUUUUUUCUUCUUACAUUAUCAAUUCCAAAGUGUAUUUGAUUUGGCUUUGCUACCUCAGGUUCACUCACUGUCCAGUUCUCCCUCCUCGGUGCCCUCUGGGAGGCAGUGUGUGUAAUUAUGAGUGUGAUGUCACUGCUAAAUGAGUUCAACUUGUUCUUCAUUUCUACAAUAAUGUCGCUAUCCAUUAUAAUUAAGUGGUAGCCAUCCACAUCACAGAUGAGUCAUGCUUUUAGGAUAGAAAUCCCAACUGCUUUCACAUUUUCCUCAGUUAUUCCCUGCAUUGUUGUGGAAACUAUUUGUAUUUUGUCCUGGCAAUUUCUGAAUCAUACUUUCUAUUGUGAACUGGUUGUCAAUUUCUCAACAGUGCCACGUGAAUUUGGUUUUUACCUUUUUUUAAGCUUUAACUUGCCAGGUCAUGAGACAAUGACUAUUUUAAUGAAGUUUAUACUGUGACAACAUGCAGAGCUGUCGACUGCUUUAGCAAUUGUAACCUGUGCAAACCCAAAAAAAGUAUUUUUAUGCUUGUGCAGCUAUAGAUGAUCACGCCAGUAGCAAUACAUUAUUUAGACUAGGUAGCAUUUUUUUAUGCUGUGCUGACUGAAUACCCUGUAAAUAUUGUUUUUUUUGUUUUUUGAUCACGUUAAUUUGAGUAAAAUGAGUAGUGAUAAUAGUCAUGUUUCUCAGUAGAUAUUUAAUGUUGCCGUUUAUUUGGGUUUUAUUUUUUAAGUUAACUACCUAAUUUUGACCACUGUAGUUAUGUUUACACACCUAGAUCAGCCAUGGUUCUGGACAAUACUUCAAAUUGUAUUACAACAAAUUUAGAUUGGUCUGCUAUACUCUUUACCUGAUCACAGAGUAAAAGAAAAUGUUUGAUACUUGAGAUGCUACAAUCCUGUUUGCUCCAGGACACAUUGCAGUGAUGCAUAUAUUUGUUUAUUAAUAUUAUGAUGGUAAGCGUCACUAUUUGGUUUGACAGCCUAUUAGUGGAAAGCAAUAAGUGAGAUGUACAAUGUAAUAUGACAAUAAUGAAUGAAGACGUUAACAGGUCCAGCAGGCUGUUGGUGAGGAUGGAUCAAAUCUGUGACAGCGGCUGGAGAAACUUCUGUACAAAUGUUGCAGCAUGAAAUAAAGAUUUACAGUAUUUCCUUUCC